UAAGCAGGUUCAGUAAAGAAUCGAGUGAUUGGUUCACGCCAGGCUUCCAUUGUAGAGCGGUUAGCAGUUAUCAAUAAUCAACGUGCAUAUGAGUUGUAAAUUUUUUAAUUGGGAAGAAAAUGGUAGAGAAAUAAACUUCUCAUAAUUAAACUUAAAGUAACAGUAUUAUCGCCAGUGGGAGUAUGGAAAAAAAUAAGUUUCGGGAUUAUCGCCAGUGUGUUUUGUGUGUUGUGAUUCUGUCCGGACGAGUCUGCGCCAGAACGUGACUUCAGUGAAUGGACUGGAAUGGACUCUACGAGAAAAACCUAGAUCCUUUAUGUUAAAUGAUUUUUAAACAAAUGGACGUAUCAUUAUCACAAACACGUGUGUGACAAUUGGAAAUUUUUUUCGGACAAACUUUUUUUUUGUUUCGACACUGUGUCUUGAACAAUUCGACGAUCGCGUACGAUAAACAUGCGAGGCUCCGGAACGCCGGUUGAUGAAAUAAUUUAAUAAUAAAGGAGAAAAGUUCAUUCUCGCUCCGAAACUUCUCAGGCAUUCCACGAAAUAAUAACGUAGUUUUGUCAAGCUUCGACCCGGGACAACCCUCAACCGUUUUGCAAGGUUGACCAUGCGCCCAACAUAAUUGACCUUUUUUUUUAUCUUAUUGACGCGCAGAACACAACAAUGGCUUCCAAUUCGCAAACCGUACCGAAACUUUUGCGAAAUCUCCGUGACAACGGAAAAUUUGUUUUACAAUGCGGUGCCCUAACCUACAUCCGCAGCAAUGCAGAAAAACUGGAAACAAGUUCUGCACUAAGCAAAGAAGAAUAUGCUGAAAUAUGUAAAUUAGUUAUGGAACUGUCAAUCAAUGGUGAUCAAAAUACCAAAAAUGAGGCAACAAAAGCUUUGCAUAUCAUUGUCAAGCAUUUUAAGAAACAUAGUCUCAAAUUCUUUGAGUCUGCUCUUUUUAUCGAAAGAGAAAAGAGGCUAAAAAUAUUUCAAUUUCUGGAAGCAGUGGAUGACAGCUCCCUUAUGGUCAUUAUCAAUGAUCCACCGACCAUUAAUUUUAUAGAAGACUGUUUGAGCCCCGUUCAAGUUGCUUCGAUGGAAUGGCUUUCACCCAAUUCCUGCACAGACAAUUUACAAAUUCUAAAAGCAGCUGAAACUAAAAUUGUUUCUGGCAUUGAAGAAGUCGAAGAAAUUAUUGUGCAUAACACUUUAACGCUCCUUCGUAAUAUUUAUAGGACAGCCAGUAGUUGCACGAAUAAAGUUUUGGAAAAGUUUGAUGUUCUUGUGAUGAACAAAGUCAUGACAUUGGCUUACAUGGGUCAUGAGAGGCAACGUUCUCCUGCGAUAAAGCUGUUGUUCCAAGCGAUUGAUUCAGAUCUGUCAACACGAAUAAAGACCAAAGAACCAAAUGUUUAUUCAAAAUACAAGAACGAUAUCGAAGGACCAUACUGCGCACGGAUGAUGCUCCUAGUUAAAGCACGAGAGACCGAUUGGGCUAAGCUCUGGGCCAUAAGUGUUCAAAUUCUUGGUACGGAUCUCCAUCGCGGGGCUUCAUUGAUUAAUAAAUUAUUGAGUGUUGAAGAAAGAGCCUUCAAAUCAACCGAUACUAUGAUUCGCAGGGACGCGUUCGGAUCUUGGAAGUUGCUAGUGGAUAAUUUGGCCCUGGAUAUGACUGAAUUACCGACAAAAAGGCGGGUGAAAUUGUUGUGUGUGCCGCUGACACUAAACAAUAGUAAAAGCGAACUGAUAGCUUUGAAAAAAUUGGAAGUCUGGUGGCACUUGAUAUCAAAGUUGUAUCAGUAUAUAUUGCCAUUCGCGGAGCAGGUUGUGACCCCAUUUUUGAAUUUUUGUUUCGGUCCAUUGGGAGACACGCCGCUCUUAUCCUCGAAAUGCGACAUAAUCCCAUCACCUGGAAAAAGAUUUUACAAAACUCAAAUAAGCGCAAUUGAUGCGUUACUUCAACUUCUCGUGGCCGAUCAAAACGAACGGAUUCUCAUGGCUUCCGAAUUGGAAGAUAAACUUCCGAGUUCCGUGAACGAUGAACUUUUCAAACAAUGUUACAAAGCUUUUAUUCACAGCGUUGGAGAAGCCGUUAUGAUUAUCUUCAAAUUCAAUGAUAACGAAAUGAAACACAAAGAAGAAAUUUGCACAAUUUUGUGGAGCAAUCUUAUACGUUACGUUCGAACCAUGAAUCAGGAAAUUAAAAAGAACGUAUACAAUGAAUUGAUAUUGCUGAUAUCAGAGCUCCAAAUCCGUUCCUUAAAAAAGGAAUGUCUUAACGAUUUUCUGCGCAACGCUAUUAUUCCGGAACUCGCAGGAGUCGCAACUAAUUUGGUAUAUUACGAUGAUACCCUCGUUAAUUUAAUGACAAAAAUAAUGGUCCCGACGUUUUUGAAAAAUCUGCAAGGAAAACAAUGCGAAGCUGUCAAAAUUCUCAUGUGGCAAACUGUCAGACCGGAAACACUUACGAAUUAUCAUCCAAAAACGCUACCGUUUCUUGAAGCUACGCUUCAACAGCUCCGAUCCAUUCCUAUCGACACCGAUUCGUUAACCGAUUGCUUCGAAUUAUGGUUCACGUAUGCGGAAAUAGCUUUUAAAUACAUGAAAGCUCUCCAGGAUGUAAACGAAGGAACAGGGACGGAAACAAACUUCAAAACUAUUGAAUCUAUAAUAAGUUUUCCGUUCACGCAUUUGUAUUGGGCCAAUUCAAUGCAGGCUCAGAAAAUCGCAGUCCAUUGGAAAGACGUUUACAAAAAGUACGAGUGCCAAGCUGACACAAUUGCGAGUAUUAAACCGAACCAAAUCUUCAACAAUACAACAAAAAUGAUCGACGAGUGUCUGGUGAAAAACGAAAAGGGAUAUCGAAUCGCGGUCUAUUGUCUCGACGCUCUCAUGGCCACUAUUAAUUAUAAAGCUAUGUUGGCUCAAAGCAAUAUCCCAACGAUCGUACGUUUGGUCGGAGACUUGACAACGAUAGCUCUCCACGAAGGACAACCUUCCGAAGCUGAAUGGGCUCUCAGGGCUCUCUCGUCUCUGCUCAUUACGGUUUACGGCCACAGUCCUCAAAAAGUUCUUUUUUAUCUGAAAGCCACGAGCCAAUCGGUCGAAUUGAUGUUGAAAACAGACGCCGAAGACGUCGUUGUAAAAGAGAUUACGAGCACGUGGGAAACGAUCGUGAGCAUUUUACGAGGCUUGAGCGCCGAUCUGGACGAAAAUUUUCUACAGUCUUACAGACAUAUAAUUUCCUUAUCGUUGAAGCACUCAUGCCCAGAAAUAUCGUCACAAAGUGUUGGCAUAUUAGAUUUGAAGGAGAAUGUGAAAGAAAACGCGAAAUCGAUACUCGCAGAAUUGGCUCAGGAGUGGAAGAAAACAUCGAUAAAAGAUCCAACGAAAUCGAAAGUCGAUAAAACUGACAGAAUGCCCAAAGCCGCAAGAGUUGCUGGCAGCUUUUUGAACCGUAAAAGUACGAGUCCUCGAACGCUCACCCGAGGCAAAGAAGAAUCGAACAAAAAACUUGCUCCUCUGCCGCCCGAACCUGAUUCUCAGGAUUACGUUGUUAUCCAGAGUGAAAUUGAUCUCGACGUUGAUCGUUUGACAGAACAUCAGAAAGAAAUAUUCAAGAAGAGACGCGACCAUAUUAUUACCAUAUACAACAAUUAUUCGCAAUCCUCAUCCCAGGAUACUCAGGAUUUGCAGCAAUGGUUCGGUGGAAAGAAAAACACCAAUGAGCAGCAACAAAAAACUUCGGCCAGCGAUGCAACGAAAGGAGACACGAAAGCUGCAAAUAUCGAUUUUCAAACAUUCAAAGGAGACGCAAGAUCUAAGAACUUCAAUGCGGAAACUCUACCAGUGAAAAUGAAAUCUACGGCGGUUGAUGCAAAGAGUCUAAAAGUCGACACGAAAUCCGCGAAUGUUGAAAUGGAAGUUGCAACGACAGAAACAACGAGUUCACAAUUCAACAGGAAAUCCGUGAACGUUGAUCCAAAGAGCUUGAAUGUCGACACGAAAUCUAGCAAUGCUGAAGCGAAAGUAGCAAAAAUUGAGGCAAAGUCUCCACAAGUCACUGUUGACAUUAUUGACGCUCGUUCUAAAACCACAAACAAAACUGUCGGUCCGAAAACCGUUAAAACUUUCACGGAUGUUGACUCAAAAACGUUGAAGGUUGGCAUAGAAUCCGCAAAUCCGGAUUCGAAAGUUCAGGAAAUUGAGGUGAAAUCGACUCUUGAAGGGUUCGCUUCAAUUGCCACGGUUACUCCUAAAGUUGAGACAAAGUCAACGAACGUCAAUACGAAAGCUCCUAAAAUUGGUACUGAGGUCGCGAAAGCUGGCCCAAAGUGCUCGAAAAUCCAUGAAAAAGUGGCAACCGCGAACAAAGUUGAAAACCCUAUAGUUUCGCUUGAAAAAAUGGUGACUCCUGUAACCGUCACGAAAACUGUGGAAGCUAAUCGUGAACCAGAAGAAAAAUUAUCAAAAAUGAAAAAAUCGCCAGAAACGAUAUCAAGCAGCGCUCAAGAUCCGAAAAACGAAUCGAUAUUGCUCGGAGCUGAGUCCCUCGAAGAACCUCAAAACUUCGAGAAGAAAAAGCCUGAAGAAGCUACGGAAGUCCAAAAUUCGAGUCCAGCGAGUGGCCAGUCUUACAUGAAAGAAACUAAGUCGCCAGAUUGUACGGAGCCAAACGAGCAAGAGUGUAUUGCAAAGAAAUUGAAUUUCGAUUUACGAGAUGAGUUUCCGGAAGAGGAAAAUAAUAUGGAAAAUUCAGAGAUUCGAUCAUUAAAUAAAACGAGUAGAAAUCUUCGAAGUGGAAAAGUGUGUGGGAUAAAUUCAGCGGAGGAAAAGCCACAGCAAGAAACUGUGACAAAAGGAGGUUCGUCGACUCGUGGAAAAUCGAUCGGCGAAAGCGAACAAAAAAGCACUGGUGAAAUCGAAGAAAGCGCAAAUACGGAUCCAAGAGGAGGAUUUGCGAGAAGAUCGAGAGCAGCUGCGCGAUCAGUUUUGCCCCCAACGGAGCGUGGGACGAAGCGGAAAGUGUGUUCAGACCUGGAGAACGAAGACAGCAGCGGCGAGCAAGAGAAAAAACGUCGGAAAUCGUCAAGGUCGCCUUCGGGUUCGGAAGAUUCAACGCCGUCGCAACUGGUAAAACGAACGGAAAUUGAAAUAUCUCGUUUGCGAAUAGACAUGAUAAACGACGGCCCGUUGAGAACGCGACGUCGCUCCAAGUACCUCAACGACUUCGUCGACAGCGAGAGUCUCGGAAAGCGAACGCAUUCGCCGGACGUGCACGGCAGAGCAGGGCGUGGUCGGGGCUCUUCGAACCCCCGAAAAAUGAUUAAAUCCACGGAAUUGGACGAUGCGGUGAAAAGACGUCGUGGAAGAUUCACUAGAUUGCAACAAGAGGACGAAAAAACCGAGGUAAGAAAAGAAAACGAGAGCGGAGUUCAAACCACGAAACCUUUGAGGUCGACGAGAAGCAGACAAAAGAGAAAUGUCCAGGAGAGUGGAGCUGCUUCUGAAUCGCAGCUCAUUACGGACGAUGACGAAAUCAUAGAAGAAGUCAAAUCGACGCUGGACGAGGAAUUUCCGAAGGAAAGCGUCGAAGACACUUCAGUAAAACGCGACGCUUACGAAGAACCCGCAAUUCCUGAAGCUCCGAUCAAACCCACAGAAGAAACAAGCGAAACGCAAAUGGACCUGGACCUCGACGAAGUUGUCGAAAGUUCCCAAAGCUCGAAUAUCUCGACGACGCUGAAAUCAUUCGGCAAAAUCGUGAAAUCGAUAAACGUGGAAGGGAAACCGAAUGUCGAGCAGCUUCCGGUCGAAACUUUGAUAGAAAAAAAACAGCCGACAGCAUCAUCUCCGAUAAAUCCUUCGAGUACGGGGAUUAUAAAUGAGAGCGGCGAAAAUAUUGUAGAAGAUCCGGACGAGACGUUUUUGGAUAUCAGUGCGAUUCGGCCACAGCUCGCUGACGACGUUCCAGUGGAAGAGCCGGAAAAGAAAGCGCCGGAGGCGAGCAAAACAUCGGCAAGUCCGGUGUCCACGAAACCGGAAACGAACCUCCACAGCGUUUCGCCAAAAACGCACGGAAAACGUUUCACAAAAAGCAAAAGUUUUGUUCCCCAAGGUCGCACCGCACACAUGCUUGGUCUCGUGACCAAACUCGGGGUCUUAGAAAAAGAAAGUUCCGCAGAAAAGAAUCAAAUCGACGAAGAAGUUGCGAUAAUGGGCAAAAUCGAGAGAUUACGAUCGCUCGCGCGAUCAAUUGGGAGAUCGAAAGAGAACGAGGGAGAGAUUUUGUUCUGCAGGAAAACUAACGUCGUCAGAGAGCCUGAGAAAAUGGGAAGUCCGAGCGGAAGCCGGCAAGAAAAAAUAUUCAACAAUAUGAAAUCGGCCGAUUACGCAGCCUCGCCUCCGGGAAAGAUGUUCUCCAAUUUGAAGAACAACGGCGAGAAAAUAUCACCGAAAAUGGAGAAAUCCCUAGCAGAGUCUCAAGAGAACGGCACUGCUGGAAAGGAAGACGGAAUUAAUAUUUCUUUAGCGAGCGAAAGGGAAGAAUUGCCGAUUCUGGAAUGGUCCAGCGCGAAUCCGCCCUCGUUAACCGCCUCUCCGAGCGUGAGUAUCCUCAAACGCAAUCGCUCGAUCGUAAACGAAGUAGAACCGGAUCCCCCAACGCCGGUUAAACCGCCAAGAAAGCGGGUCAGCUUCGCCGAUCCUCCGGUCUCCAAAGAAAUGGGUUACGAGACCGAGGCAGCUACGUCGCCUCAUAAAAUUGCCAAAUACAACGCUUCCCGAGGAUUAUACGGGCGCAGAGAUUCACCAACAAGAGUGAAACAAUCCAAAUACGUAAUGAUCUCAGUCGAUACUGAAAAGUUCGUGCAAUCCGAAGAACCACAAGUUCCCAACUGUGAGGUCGAUGUAAACUGUGCCAGAAACGACCAACUGUCGAUGGAAAUCGCCGAGGAGCUUGAGGAACUGGCGAAUGUUGAAACGUCUGAAAAAAAUGAAAGCUUCCCAUCGACCUCGGUCCCGGACGUCAUGACGGUAAUGACCCCAGCUCACGAAAUCAUCGAAAUCGAGCAAAUUCAGAAAAUUACCGAAGAAGCGAUGGAGACUUGCACAACCGAUAAAAACGCAUUAAUCGAGGAAAGUCAAACUCAGGACGAUCUGUUCAACAGCAGUGACGAGAAAAACGACAGCCCGAAACAGCCAGCAAAUCGACGCAACGAUGUGCUCAAAGAAUCUUUCAACGUGUCUUCGGUGAGCAGCCUCGAUUCGUUCAAACUCAAUGUUACCGAAGAUUCUGUAAUCGGUGCCGUGAGCGAUGUACAAGCAGAAGAAACAACGAGACCGGUGGACAAUAAUCUCGAGGACACUGUUGACGCUCGGAACGUCAUGCUUUCGAGCUUGGAGGAAAAUCUGAACGAUCAAUUCGACACGAUGCCCAUUCACACGAGCUCUCAGAGACCUGAUCCGAUCAGCGAAAUGGAUACACUUCCGGUUGGCGAUUCUAUACUCAGCAGCCAACCGAACACGAUGGACAGCCAAGGCUCGACUCUGCCUGUGCUCGAAAUAACUCGUCCGGACUUGCUCAAUUCGACCGAGCCGAUUUAUCCGAAUCUGAACGAUUGUGACGAACCGAUCGACUCCAUCAUUGAUAAUCUCACUAAUCCUCUUUGGCGAAAAAAUCUCUCCAAGUAUCUAGAAACCAGAUGCAUCAGGACAGUAGGAGAUUUGGCUAACUUGUCCGAACGCGAGAUCGUCCGGAUUCCAGUCAAAGGAACUUCCAAAGUUGAUUUCGUACGUAAAGUUCUACAAAGAUACGAGUCUAAGCUCCGCGACUCCGAGGCUGAAAAACGACCCGAUCAACAUCCGGAAUCUGAUCGUUUCGAGGAAAAAAACACUGUUCCAAAAGCCGUCCAACUGUCCGACGAGCUUCGCAAAACUUUGGGAGAUAUUUCUUUGGACAACUCGAAAAUACAGCCCGACUCCAUGGACCUUGACAAUUCUGUUCUUCGGGCUCAGUCUACCAAUGAUUUCCUUUCCAUCGACGAUUUAAAUCCCUUGCAACCUCUCGCACGAACAUCAACUACCAAUUCCAUUUCUACGCUUGUCAUCGAUUCUUCUACCGAACCAGAAAUCACCGUGGACCUCGGAAUCACCGCUGAACUCAACGAUACUGCAAGCGUUUCUAGAAUGAAAACGAUCGAUUUAGCUUCUGAUACUUUACCGGUGGCUACCGCAUCUGUUGCUACUUCCACCGAUCCUGUUCUCACUUCAGUCACAUCCGUCGGAACCCAAAUCGAUAUUGAAGAAUUCGUAGAUGGUAUUGAUGUCGACGUUCUGCUCAAAAGUGUCGUCAAACGAGUCAGCGCUGAGAAACUCCUGAUGGAAUACGUGCUUAAAAUGGAACAUGCCUCCGAAACAGAAAUAUGUGAAAAAACGAUUGAAACAUUAGGAAUCGAUAACAAAACGUUAUUGAAAUUGGUCUGUCGUAAAUGCGGUUUGAAGAAGCUCCUCCACGAAAUUCCCGAUAUUUUCGAAAUGGAAUGAUUCAUUGGCUUCAAAUUGACGUCGGUAGACCGAAGACUCGCCGUUCUCUAAAUAUUCGUAUGUAUAAAGUGUUCCUCGAAGAACUUUAACUUACGUUACUCUAAGUAUUAACAGUGAAUAAAAAAUCGAGAACGAUUGAUUGUUUAUCUGCCUCGAUUUUCAUUCACACAUCGUUCGACGUGACUGAAUCGAGUCUUAUUCAUAAUAAGUUAUUAUAAAACGGGCACGAUCGCACCAUUGACAUUACGAUUUAAAGAUCGAGCAGUGUACAUAUGACGGAUUGAUAUCCGCGAAACGGUAUCGACAAAACUUAGCGUAAACUCCACUUUUUUUGCUUCAAUUCUCUCUCAAUUAAAUCUCGAUGAUUGUCUAUAUUUUGCUGAAUGUGCUAAAAUAAUGGGUUUUUUAAUCGAAUUCGAUAUUUCGUUUCAAAUGCAUUUUUGAAUCGACGCCAUAAGAAACAUUGUGACUUGUAUAUACACAGAUAUGUACGCAUGAGGCAAAGCUCAAAAGCAGUCAAACGAAAAAGGAAAAAAAGAAACAAAAAACAUUUUGGCUAAUGAAAAAUAAUCAAAAUAGUGAAAAAAUGUUAAAUUACUUAAGACAAUCGACGUCAAUUCGGUGUCGAUUCUUGGAGUUAUGACAAUUAGUAAUUGUAAGAAUAAUCGAUUUAAGCUCUUCAACUGAUUUACUGUUAAGUAAAAUAAACUGAAAGAUAUUUUAUACAGAAAAAUUGUGUUAAUUCAAUGCGGACGAAAAAAGUAUCAUCGGAAUCCUCAUCCUGAAGAAGAGGAAGAAAUGAGGUCAAAAUGAAUUGUUGUGAAUGGAGAGACCAAAUUUCGAUCGUAAUUGUUAACGAUCUUGAGAAAUACGGACUCGCGAUGACGUACGAAGUAAAAGUAUCACGCAACUGUCGACCGGGGCAAACCCUUUAAAGUUUCAUAACUUCUGCGCGUGUUCCGGAUUUCAAUUCUAUUAUUAUUUGGAACUGCCGAUGCGAAAAAAAACACGAGCUCUCAGUAAAUCGUUGACGGUUUCGGUUUUGGUACAGAAAAUAUUUUCUUUCUUUGCAAAUACCGACUUCUGCCGGGAAACGAUUGAAUCCGUCGCAGUCGAAUACUCAAAUACAUUCUCUUAAUUGAAAAUUGUGUUUUUGAACAAGGCUAGAACGACAAUUGGGUCAUACGAGAUAUUCAGAACUUCAAAUUACCAUUUCUGUCCUCCGAACAACUGGAAAUUAUCGUGUCAAUGAAACUCUCUUCGGACUUUUCGGUUUUAUGAUCAAAUGAUCCGUAACAAAAAAAACGAAAAAAUGAACAAAAACCUUCGUUUGAUUGUAUAUUUUUAGUUGGAUGAUAAGUGGACAAAAAAAAUUCGCGCGAAAAAUAGGAAUUUCAGGCUAAGCAUUGAAUUAGAAAAACUCGGGUCGAUUACAGAAUUCUGCAUUUUUUUAUACGAUUCUCAUAAAUUUCGUGUUUGUCGUAAUCGAUAAUUGUUGCAAAAUGAGCAAACCUCAACUGCACUCGAAUUUUCCAUCUGUCGGACGGAGGAACAAUUGAAACAUCAAAUUCAGAAUAACUUAGACAGCAAUCACCAAUUCUUCGAACGUAUCCGAUGCUCUACCUUGACGAAUGCCUAACGUGGAAUCGACUAUAUGUACAAUACGUGCUCUCUGAGGCGUAUGAGAACUCUGAGUAUAGAAAUCCUAACGUGUAUUAAUGAAUUUCGUAUUUUUUUCAUGACUUUAACGAAUUAAUAACAUGAUUGUACAGUUGCUGCUACUGCGUAACGUUUUAUCGACGAAAAAGUGACGCUCUGUCGUUUGAAAGCGUCAUAUUGUAACGUGUCAAACUUCGAACGUUUCGAGCACGCCGAAAAAUCUAAGAGCUUUUUGCGAAACUUCUCUGAAACUGCUCAAUCGAUUGAGACUAAAAAUAUUUCGCUCACGUACGAAAAUAUAAAAAAUGAGUUUAACUUUUCGUUUGGAUGCUCAUCGAUCGAGCUAUUUUGAUAAGAGAAAAUUUGGAAUAAAUAGCUCAAGUUUUGAUUGCGGGAGUUUGGUGAUCGAAAUCUCAAAAUCUUGUAGUGUGUCUUUUUUGUUGUCCGAAAUACCUAGCACGCGUGUUGUCAUAGCAUGAACAACGGAAAUGAAAGAAAAAAGUUAAACAAAUAACAGGAAAGAAUUGUGUUUGACAAAAAAAAAACAUUGCGAGCAGAAUUGUAACCUCAAAUUGACUUUCGGUCGAUGGCUGAAACUCAGUGACUCGUGACGAAACAGCAGCGCGUUCCUGUUCUUGUAUAUUUAUUCCGGCGAAAUGAAUGUCGAAAGAAUCAGGCAAAUAAAAAAUAUUUGUUUGACCACAUAACACGUGCGAACGACUUGGAUUUUUAGGGACUCGAAGUUAACUCGUGUUUAUAUACUUUCGUCUCAAAUUUUGUUUCCCAUUACCAUUUUAACGAUUUUAUUUAUUUUAUUUAUUCGGAUUUAACUCACGCGGUCUCCUGUGUAUAUUUUUCUCCUUUCUCUCUUGUAAUAUUCUUACGUGUAUGAUUAAACGGUGUAAGUUCAGCAAAACUAUCGUCUCCGACGUCAUAGUGAAAGUACUGCGAACUCCACAUUACGCUUGAUAGAAUCUUACGGGGAAAAACCCUACCAGAUGAUCUCGAUGAAAAAUGUUAAAUUUUGUAUCCACGAAUCCGAGUAGAAAACACUGCGAUUACUUAAUCAUUCCUCGUUUGCAACAAUUAUGGAAAUCUCGAUUACGAACAAGCAAUAUCCGAUCUUAUAAAGGAGGAAUCACCAAAGUUAAGAUUUGGACAGAAGUAUAUGCGGAUGGCUGAAAACUUCUCGAGUUUCAUUUAUUCGUCUGGAAAAAUUAAACGAUUAACUUUCAUUGUUUAUUCGACGAAAUAACGUCGAGUUGAAUUACAGUUGAGGAGAAGUGGGAUCAGAAUAAACUUUUGGUCAGCUAAUUUAGAGUCGUGCAAACAAUUUAUGUCGUCGAAAGAGAAGAAAUGAUCAUUCCGAAGGAAAUUGCAACAGUCUCGCAUCGUUCGAGUUAUUAUAUCUCGGAGCUUGAGAAUAUUGAGUAUAAUUUUCUGUUUUUUAAUUUCCAACUUAUUUAUUCAACCAGGAAACGCAAUGAAAUUUCAUUCAUGUUUUCUUAGGUAAACUGUAUCUCGAAGGUAGUUUUAGAAAUAGUCCAUUGGCCAAUAAAAGGAGAAUGAUCGACGUACAAAAUGCCUAAAAUUGUUUGGGUCUUUGUGAAAUGAACCUUUUUUAUAUCGUCGAGUAAAAUAUUUAUGAUGCACUUUCGGUAUUGAAAAUAAUCAGGAUUUUAUCGUCCGUUAAGAAUGCUCUUUGGGGCACUACGGAACAAGCAAUAAAGGAAUAAAGGAAAAGGGGAUUUUCUGACUUAAUGGAUUAUUCGUUCGAGAGGAGAAGAAAGUUUUGCUCGACGUUUGCCUUUUACCGAGCACAUUCACGCGCUUCGCACAGGGCGAAGGCUCUUACACGAGAGAUGCACGUUGCGUAAUUCAUCCCGGUUCGAAACGAGAGUGAGAGGAAAUGAUGAGGCGGAAAGAGAGGUUAUGUUUACUUAAGCACGACCGACGACCGAAUAGUCACGUGACAGCGUUAUAAUUAACGUCUUUAUAUACCUGAUGCUCAGUGACAAGUGGCAAGGAUAUUCGACAAGAAUAAAAAAAUAAUUGAAUGAGCGUCGUCAUUCUUUGUAUUUUUUUU